AUGCGCAGCUCGCAUCGCAAGUCGCGGUUUGGCUGCAGGGAAUGCAAACAACGGCACACAAAGUGCGAUGAAACGCAUCCGUCCUGCAACAACUGCACCAUCAGCAAACGCCAAUGUUCAUUCGCCCGCUCGACUUGGUCUCCGCUGGUGCAGAUACAGCCGCAGAGGUCUGAUGCGCCAUUCGAUGGCAAUAUUGGCUCAUCGGAUACAAUAACGUCGAAUGCCAACUGCUGCGACGCUGCUUGUCCUCCAAGCGUUAGACACGACCUCCUUUAUGAGGAUUACAACGUAGUUCACUUCCAGCUCCUGUACCAUGCUGAACACAAAUUGAGCCUUGACGCCCAGCGGUUCAUACCCGAGGGGCAGAAGCUUUUCCAGAGGUCCGCAAGAGAAGCGUUCACAGUAGCGUACCUCAUGGAUGCUCUUAUUGCGGUUGCAGCGGCUCAUAAAAGUACGCUACCGGGAGAGGACCAGGACUUCUACCAUACCGAAGCAAUGAGGCUAAUGACCCGGUCUCUGACUAAAUUCAAUGCUCAGGACAAAAUUACUGAAGAUUAUGCCAUGGCGGCGUUUCUGUACACCAUGUUGCUUGGGCAACUGGUCCUCUUCGACAUAUUCUCUCAAGGAGAGGAUUUGACCAGCACUCUAGAUAGAUUCGUGCAUUGUAUGAAGCUGCACCACGGUAUACGCGAGGUUGUCGCUCCAGUGUGGCAUAAAGUCCAGCCGAUCCUGGGCCGGUGCCAUUUAGCAGAGUGGGUGAGCGACGGCAUACCAAAUUGGGGAGAGGCAAAUUCUGAAUGUUCUCCGCUGUGGCAGCUUCUUAGUAGGAGCGACGUCAGUCCAAGUUCCCGCAAGGCCUACUUUUCUUCUAUUGAAGCACUGCAGAUGAUGUUCGACUGCACACGCGGGCUGCCUACGAACCGAAUGGCGGCGGUCCAAGAGUGGCUGGKACGAGUUCCUAUGGACUUUAUGGAUCUCAUAAGCCAGCGACGGCCAGAAGCUCUUAUUAUACUCGCGUAUUACGCCAUACUACUUCACAAUGCCAAGGACUUUUGGGCUAUCGGUAGCGCUGGAAGAUUCCUUAUUCAAUCAAUUACAAGCUACCUCGGGGAGUACUGGCUACAGUGGCUARAGUGGCCGAAUGAGGKAAUCAACGGGCCACCAUCCUUGACAGAGUAA